CGACGUCGCAUAAAACUACUUGACAAUCUCAAUCGUCUCUCUGACUACAGGCUCCUUUCAGCGAUCUCUCACCGGCCACGUGCCGAAUCCUCAGUACUGCCUGCCAUCCAUUGACAUCCGCCGUGAACAAGCCGUCGAGAAACUUUGUGGAGGAGAUCGCCCGCCCCGCACCAGAAGCAGAAGCAUACGAUCGCAAGCAAAGCAACCAUGGCCAACGGAGUGAGCUUAAUACCGUUGUUCAUCCUGUUUGUGGUGGUGGGAGCGUUCGCCUUCGUCGGCUAUCAGAUCUUCCUCUGGUCGGGCGAGCUCACGACCAAGGGCAAGGAGAAGAUGGAGAAGAAACACAUGACAUUCAAGGACGGCGGACUCCAAGUGGGAGUGAAAGACCGAUCGGCGGAACAGGCUGCGGAUAAGGCGCAAAGCGUCCUCGUCAACGCCUGGCAGAACGCCGAACUGCCCGCAUACAAAUCCCGUCUGGGCUGGAACAACACAUAUCAAGACCCCAAGAAAGCAAAGUCAGGGGGAGGAGGCGCAUCAGCAGCAAAGAGUAGUGCUACAUCGCCUGUAGCGGGUGUUCCAGGCUCGGCUCCCGAGCAUCGACCAGGCGCGAAAAGAAUCCCAAGUACGCCUGGUUCGUGGUGAUGAAGCCAGCCAGCCAACCAACCAACCAACCAACCCUCCUCCUCCCCUUACGACCCACGAACGAGCGAUGUGGAUUAUCAGCGAUGAUAGGUGAUUGAAGACGGGGAGUUUACGCUGGACAUGGAAGGUAGGUAUUGGUGGAGCAGCACGAAUGGACAAAAUCUGGGAAGAAAGAAAGAAAGCAAGCAAGCAGCUAUGAUACAUCUACACCAAGGGCUCUCUCUCGCACGUCUAUGGUCGCGAAAGUACAUGCCUACCUACCUGACAGCAUCAGUCAGUCAGUCAGUCAAUCAGUCAGUCAGUCAGUCAAUCAAUCAGUCAGUCGUCCGUGUCUACCUGACUACCUGACUACCUGACUACCCUUUUGUGCCUGCCUGUCUGCCUGCCUGCCUGUCUGCUUGCUCACUAGCUUUCUCAAGGUACAUCUCAUUACAU